UCCCUCCUUUUUUUGUCCACUUCGCUUUUUUCACGUCAUCGUCAACAGAGUCGUUGGCGCCCAGACUGAUCCUCCAAGCCUCUCAGUCUUUCCAUUCAUUUACUCCUGGACGAGUUUUUUUUUUCCACCUCUAUUCGGUUCCGCGGACUGUACUCGAUAUUAUUUUUUACCGGACAGAGUCCUCUCUUCAUUCAUUUUCAAAUCAAGUUUAAUUCUGUUGCUUUCCAGGUGAAUCUCUUGGCUUGCACGCUGCGCCUCAGUUCUCAUCGACGCAACACGCAUGCAACAAGACCACCUGUCCAGCUUCCAUGGAAUCAUAGAUCGUAUAGACUACUGAACUUCAGACAGCAUACAAGCUACUGCUUCUCGACAGCUCGAAGAGACGACGGCUUCAUAGCAGCCAGGACACACCAUCAAGCCCUGCUGGACCGGCUUCUUUUUUCUUCUUCUACUAUUCUCUCACACGUUCACCACACCCUCGUUCAUCAUGAGAUUGCUAUCAACACUGAGUGCAGUGUGCCUCAUGGGCAACGCAGCCCACGCCAUCCAAUUAGACAUUGACAGCGAACAAUCGGUCAAGGACGCAGCGAGCACCAUCGCCUUUGGUCUCGUGAGCUUCUACACAGGCAACAACACGGGCGAUGUGCCCGGCAACCUCCCAGAUCCUUAUUUCUGGUGGACCGCGGGCGCCAUGUUCGGCACGCUUGUCGAUUAUUGGUUCCUCACGGGCGACGACACGUACAACGAGAUCACAACACAGGCAAUGGUACACCAGGCCGGCGACGAGGCCGACUUUAUGCCCCUCAACCAGACACGCACCCUCGGCAACGACGACCAGGGCUUCUGGACGCUCUCCGCCAUGAUGGCCACCGAGGCCGGGUACCCAGACCCGCCCGCAGACCAGCCGCAGUGGCUGGCUCUCGUGCAGGCAUGCUUCAACCAGUGGGCGCAGCGUUGGAUCGAGGCGUCCGACUCGUGCGGCGGCGGGCUGCGAUGGCAGAUCUUCUCGUUCAACAACGGCUUCAACUACAAAAACUCCAUCUCCAACGGCUGCUUCUUCAACAUUGCCGCGCGGCUGGCGCGGUACACGGGCAAUCAGACGUACGCCGAGUGGGCGGAGCGCGUGUGGGACUGGGAGGUCAAGGCGGGGCUCAUCACGGACGAAUUCAAGGUGUACGACGGUGUCGAAGUCGUCGAGAACAGCCCCGACUGCCCCAAGAUUGACAAGAACCAGUGGUCCUACAACGCGGGCAUCUACCUGCACGGGGCCGCCGUCAUGCACAACGUGACGGGGGACGACAAGUGGCGCACGCGCACGGUGGGACUCCUCGACGAGACGGAGAAGACAUUUUUCCAGAACGGCGUCAUGUUUGAGCAGCGGUGCGAGCCCUUCAAACAGUGCAACAUUGACCAGAGCAGCUUCAAGGGCUACCUCGCGCGGUGGAUGGCGGGCACGGCGCAGGUCGUGCCGGAUCUCUUUGACCGCAUCAUGGGCCUGCUGCGGCCCAACGCGCAGAGCGUGGCGUCGGUCUGCGUCGGCGACCCAGACCAGGGGUUCCCAGGCAUCGGCGGCACGGCCUGCGGGCUGGCUUGGCAGCCGCGGGGCCAGUUUGAUGGCCUCGUCGGUGUCGGCGAGCAGAUGAGCGCCCUAUCGGCCGUCAUGUACACGCUCGUGCAAAAGGAGAGGACAGCGCCCGUGACGGCGCAGACGGGCGGCACGAGCAAAGGCAACCCGCAAGCGGGCAUGGAGCCGCACUCGUGGGAGUUUAAGCCGAUACAGCAGGCCGAGCGUGUGGCCGCCGGGUUCCUGACGGUGGGCAUCCUGACGUCCCUCAUGGCGGGGGUCUUUUUCGUCAUGAAGGAGGAGACGAAGUGA